AUGGAUAGCGGGGGAAUCAGAAAAAGGAAAGAUGCGAAGGAUAACAAAGUAAACAUACAGGGGGGGAUGAAUUUUCCAACAAAUGAUGGUGCGGCAAAUAACGGCAACUGGAAUAGCGCCAGUGUGACAAGAGGGAAAAAUGAGCACUGGGAUUUGAGGAGAAAUGCAUUGGGGUUGUCCUCAAAUAUGGGUUCAAGCGCGAGGAGGGACUCAUCAAGCGAUAACUCUAAGUCUGGGAAGAAGAAAUCUCUAGGCCUAUUCAACAGCUCGAACAUCAGUGCUAUAUCGAAUAACUGCAUGAAAUCGUUUAACAAUAUGUUGAAUAAUAUUAACUACAACAUAAACAGCUCCGUGGGUAGUGGCACUGGUGGAGGAGGCCACUUGGGUGACAGAUCAGGGGCCUCCGCAGAGACCAGCUUCUACGAAAAUCAGUUUAAAAAUCUGAACCUCGCUAAAGGAAUAAGCUACCUAAGCAGUAUAGCCAACCCGCAGCAAAAAUUUACCUCCGAUAGUAGGAACGUAAUAACGGGGAACCAAAGCAACUUUAACUUUUUUCGCAACUAUGAGAAUAACCUAGCAGAAAAAAGGGAAAACAAUACAAGUGGCACAAAUCAGUACAGUAACUCCUCACAGGGGAAGUAUGCCAACGCCAGCAGGGCAAAUAUGACAAACUCAACAAAUAAAAGCAGCACAGUUAAUAGCCAAAAUUUAGAGAGCUUUUUAAGUAACAAAGAAAUUCAGAACCCAAACUAUAACAUCACAGGAUUUGGAAAUACCUACACAAGUGAAAUAAAUAAUUUAAGAAAUAUAAAUAACGAUGAGACGUAUUGUACCUGUCUCGAUAACCUGCUACGAAAUCAUGGAAAUAUUGAUUCGAAUGAAAUGCUAAAAUAUAAUGAUAAAAAUAUCAACUGCUUAAAUGAUAUAAUAUUCCUAGAUGUGUACAGAGCAUAUAACGUUUUAACUUAUAUGCAAGAAAAAGUCAACAUAAUAAUUUACACCAUAAGAAUUAUUGGGAAGAAAUUAAAAAAAAAACAUGUCCCCGAGGAAGUAGUCAUUUCUUUAGAGUUCCUAAAUUUCUGUGUCAAAAAUUUAGGCCUUUUUUUUGUUCGAUUUCUGGAUGAAAGUUUUAUGAAAAAAAUAAGUGCUCUGCUAAAAACAACCACUUUGAAAAAGUCAAUCACCAAGGAUGUAAAGUCUAAGUUGUCAAAAUUUCUCAUCGUGCCGAUUAUCCACCCAGGCGUAGCAACAGAUCCAAGACUCCAUUUCAUAAAAAGAAAAAUCCUCUUCAUGUUACAAUUAUGGCAUGAUUCUUUUAUCCUCCACCAGCAUGUAGCUGCUGCUGUUUUUGACGAAUAUAAAUCCUUGAAGGAAAAAGGAAUUACCUUCCCCAUUAUUAAUAAGGCUGAAAAAUUUUACGUGAAAAAUGCGGACACCUCUCCAUCCUUCUCCGACGAUAAUAUACUCCACGAUUUGCCUCUAAAAUUGGCACAAAUUAAUAAUAUGAUGAAAAGUUUAAAAGAAAUUAAACACAUGCAUAAUGAUGAGGAGAAAUCCAAAUGCAUUGCCAUCGUGGCAAAGUACAAAGAUCUCGUCUUCCAAAGUAUUAACAAAUUGUCCGACUAUAAGGGGAACAUUAACAUCUCCGUCACGUUAAAUUCGCUCCUAUACAUUAAUGACCAGAUUUGCAUUUUUGAAAAAUGGGAAAAGGAGCGGGAAAAUGGGGACGGAAGCGAAAAUGGGUUCAAGUCCACCCUGAGGGAUAAAAUAACCGAAGAGGAAACUGAAAAACUCAAGCAAAAGGGAAAGAAAAAGAAAAACAAAAAGAAGGAAACCUCCAACCCAUCAAAUAUUAACGAAAUUAUUUUUAACAAAUACGACCCCUGGAACACCGAAAAGAAGGAAGAUAAAAAUGAAGCGGAACAAGAAAAGGACAUCUUUUUCGACGAACCGGUUGCAAGUUUUACCAGCGCCACUUCUUCCAAGUUAACGAACAAAGAGACGACCACCCCAUUUAACAGUAAAAACGGUGUACCAUACGACAGUGAAAAUAUGUUUUCAUUUUUUGGUGAAGAAUCCAUCAACGAGGAGGUGAUAACUGCACCUAAAAAGGAUAACAACGUGGAGGACAAAUAUAGCGUUUUCAACGAACUGAACUUUGGUAAUGAUUCUGCUCAUCAUUUAAGUAAUAACUUCCAACCGGGUCUGCAUAACCUUAACGUCACUUCGCAAAUCGCAGCGCAGAAUUCAUCAAAUCAGCUUCACCCUGUUCAUAUCGCGCAACAACAUGGUCACUCAGCCAACAAGCGAACAACUCGAAAUAACAAUUUUGAUAGUGAUAUAUUUGGGAACAAUUUAUUACCCAAGGGGCAAGGACAAAAUUCAAAUCUCCAUUCAAACGUAGCGAAUGGUCUACCCCCCCAUGGCUACAAUUCACCAUUACACAAAAAUGGUACAGAGGCAGUAUUUGCCAUCCCUGGAAAGACAACCCCCUUGCCCCCAAUGCAUAUAUUAACAAGUGAACCGAACGAAGGGAACUUACAAAUAGGCAUAACAAACUACAGUUUAGAUUUAACACAAAUUGAAAUUUCUGACCAGUCUUACUUGAGCGAGAAAAGUAGAAACCGAAACGGAGGAUGUGCAGGCGACCCUCUCCCGGAUGACGCAAAUGUGACCCCUGGAAAUGAACAAAAUGGUGCUGCAGUGAAAACUACUCACAUGAACGACCUUCCCAGUCUGAAUAAUUCACACAAAGGGGGAAAUAAAGUCAACGUGUUCGGGGAUAGCGGCCCCCCUUUUAAUGGGAUCGAUUUUGAUAAUAUAAUUGAUUCUGCAGAAAGUAGGAAAAAUGCGUUUCAGCAAAAUGAACAGAAAGCUACUGGGCAGAGGAACAUCCCCAAGGAGGAACCCCUUACGAACGAAAAUGCAAAUGAAGCUAACUAUGAUUAUUUAUUCGAAACGUUUGAUUUUGGCCCAUCCGACAAUAAGGGUGGUGUGCCGAACGUGGAAAUAAAUGCAAGUGCCCUUGCUGAAAAACAGAACAAUUUGAAGAAUCCAUUGGAAUUUGACCCACCCGCUAUAGGAUCAAACAGAGCGAAUGAACAAACAAAUGCAAAGGAAGUGUGCGACACGCAAAUUCGAAAUGUGCAUGGAGGAACAUCUGACAUGGUGCUGGACCAAGUUAACAAGGAAGCCUCAAGUAUAAACGAAAAGCACAACCCAGUGAGUCAGACCACCUUGAAUAAGGACGACUUGUACAGCCACCUAAACCAAUUGGCUUCCAUGAGUAGCAUGAAUGGUGAAUCGCUCAGCGCAGAUGAAAUUUCAUUCGACAAGCACAAAUGUGAUAGUGAGAGCCCAAAUAAUACUUCAAAUUUGGAGGAAGAAAUUUCACAAAAGAGUUUCCACGAUGGUGGGACAGUUGACCAAUGCAAGGAGGAACAAAACGUUCAAGAGAAGAAGCAUUCAAGCAGUACCCCGAUAGGUGAAGAAAAAGAUAAAAAGGAAGACAACCCCGAUGAGGAAAGCAACGCCGAUUCGAAUGAUAUAAACUUUGACGAGAUCGACGAAAUAACGAAAGCAAUAGAUGACCUCAACGAUAACUUUGAAAAUAUGAACAUUUAUAAAUUUGAUAAUUAA